CGUACCACAACAGGGACGUGAACAUUGACCUGUAAAAAUCAAUACCUAGCUCGUCUUAAAAAUAUAUGUGAUAUGUGCGACUGCACAAAGUGUAAGUUUUUCUCUCAUGAUCAGACCUCAGAUCGUGUUAGCGGAACGCUGAAUCAAGUCCGUUGUAACAGUGAACUCAUGCUAAAGCUGACUUUCUGAGAAAAAAAGAGAUAAUGGCAGUCUGACCUGAAACAUCACCAUGCUGCCUGCCCAGCUGACCAGCCGGUUAACUCUGAACAUCCUGAGGAGGAUUCAACCUGGAGCAUUUUCCCCCUGUCUUCACUCCCUGACAAGCUGCUUCAUUCACACGGAUGGAGGGAAGACGAGACAGUAUCUCCUAUCAGAUUCUACUCUGUCAGGAAGAUUAUAUCCAAGGCAAAAGGCUGUCUGCCCAACUCAUAGACUAUAUGAGCUCUAUGGGAGAAGAUCAAUCAGUUUAUCAGCUGCUACUAUUGUGAAUUCAGCACCAGCGCCUGUUCAGCCAUACCUCCGACUGAUGAGGCUGGACAAACCUAUUGGGACAUGGCUGCUAUAUCUCCCGUGUACUUGGAGCAUCGCUCUGGCUGCUGACCCUGGCUGCCUCCCACAUCUAGGAAUGCUCACUCUGUUUGGUACAGGCGCUCUGCUGAUGAGAGGUGCGGGCUGCACCAUCAAUGACAUGUGGGACAGGGACUUUGACAAAAAGGUAGCCCGGACAUCUACACGGCCAAUUGCCUCUGGGGAGAUUUCUCAGUUGCAGGCCUUAGUUUUCCUUGGAGGGCAGCUCACUCUGGCUCUUGGAGUUCUUUUGUGUCUUAACUAUUACAGCAUAGCUUUAGGCGCUGCCUCACUGUCUCUUGUCGUCACGUACCCGCUCAUGAAGAGAAUCACUUACUGGCCACAGUUUGUGUUGGGUCUCACCUUUAACUGGGGGGCACUACUCGGCUGGUCAGCCGUCAAAGGUUACUGUGAUUGGUCUGUUUGCCUCCCACUAUAUUUCUCAGGAGUGAUGUGGACUCUCAUAUAUGACACAAUCUAUGCACAUCAGGAUAAAGACGAUGAUGUAAAGGUAGGAGUCAAAUCGACUGCUCUGAGGUUCCAGGAGCAGACGAAACCUUGGCUUAGUGGUUUCACGGUGGCCAUGAUGUCAGGACUCGUUGUUGCCGGGGUCAACGCUGAGCAGACUCUUCCUUACUAUGCUGUUCUGUCUGCAGUGGCUGUCCACCUCAUGCAUCAGAUUUACUCAUUGGACAUUAACAAACCAGAAGACUGCUGGAAGAAAUUUGUCUCAAACAGGAACCUUGGACUGUUGUUGUUUUUAGGAAUAGUUGUCGGCAAUUUAUGGAAAGAACGACAAGAGACUUUGCUACAAAAUGACGAAGCAUUUAGAUAAGUGAGACAAUCAGCACAAAUGUAAUUUUAUCAUACCGACAGAAGAUGACCAUCAUCAACAUUGCACUGUAACUUUUAUUGUCAGAAGUUGUACAUUUUGGGGCAAAACAAACUGCAAGAUAGAUAAUUUUAACCGCUCAGCAAACAUAUUACACAUUUGUUUUCUCACUCAACAUAAUCUGCUGUUGUUGAAUCUUAUCAACAUUCAAAUGAUUUUGAGUACAUUUUAUGUGGUUCAUUAAAAUUGUAGUCCACUUUAUUAAUUGUCUGACAGGUGGAGCUUCAGUGACCAGAAGUUUCAGUUAUCUGAAACAUUUUAGAAACAAAUGAUGAUCAUUUUAGCACUUGGGUGUAUUAAUAUGUCCAACAGGAUACAACUCAAAGCUGCAUCUCACAGUAUCAACCACUAGGGGGCAGAAAGAUUCCAUCUAAAUUUAGAGCUAUAUACUGGUAUUUAAGGUAUUUAAGAAUACCUUUGUCCACCUGCAGAAAAAAUAAGCAUGUGAAGUCGAAACCUGCCCCAAAUUUAACAUAUCAUCGAUAGUUACAUCUGAGGCCCAGCUAAAUAAAACAGUAACAGUGGAGAAAACAUAUAUAUGAAAUUAAAAUUCCAGUUUCAUCUUUUCAAAGGACCAAAUGAGACAAAGAAUUGAUUGGUUCAAUUGUAUGUUUCCAUGCCAAUUAUGCCCCUUAUUCUGAAUGCUUCGCCUACCAGACUGUUGACUGAUUCUCAGUUCUCAGUUCUCAGUCUCAGUUGUUUCAGACUUUCAGAACAUCGCUGCGACUCUGAUUGCUCCAAGUCCCCUUCAAAGAGCUAGAUCAUUAAAAAACACUAGAGCCUUUUUUUAUGUUUUGCAGAAAUUAGCCAAACAAGAGUACUGAGUGUUGUUCUGAUGCACUGGUGAUUAUUUACUGCAUCAGGAUGGAGUAUGAGGAUGCCUAUGUACUUUGAAUUAAAUUAUCACAUCUUGAUACA